AUGGGUCUCAAGAGUCUUGUGUCAAGAUUGAAACGCCGCACACCUGCAGAAGAUCCUAUCAGCCAGCCAGAUCCAAUAUCCGAAAGCAAUGGCAAAGCGAUUCUCUCGUCUUCAGCCCCCAAAGACACAGAGAUCAACCUUCCACCGCAGAAACCAGCAAGCGAUGGGCGUGACUUGUGGCUUGAAGCCUUUGAGAAAUUGCCUCGCAAAUCGCAAGAAGAACUCGAAAGGCGAGGCAUGAACCGACAAGGCUCUGAGAGUAUGGUCGAUCAGGUUAAGGAAUUUGAAAAAGAGGCCGAAACACAGCGGGACAGAAGCUUGGCUAAAGAUUGGAGGGUCCAAAUAGGAGACCAUGAGAUCCCAGUGAGACAAACAACCCUCCAGAUCGUUCACUGGGCCGAGAAAAUUGGGGACGUGGCCAUUCAAUUUGCGCCGGCUCCUGGAGCUGGAGGCGUGUGGGCUGUGGCAAGAUCAGUCCUCGAGGGAAUCGAUACUUUCGACAAAGAAAAGAGCGCCCUACUUUCUGUUGUUGACAAAGUGGCGGGUGCCAUCUUCUGCGGUCAGGUCUACUACGAGAUAUACAACCCCGAGCGGACGGGGAGAAAGGAUGUCGUGGAUAAACUUCACGAUGCAAUCGUGGCAUUGUAUGGGUGUGUGUUGGAACUACUGGUCACGUCGUCAGAUCUUUCGUCCAACACUGCCGUGCAAUUUUGUCAGGCUAUUUUUGACACUACGAGGUCGUGUGACAUGUUGCUGGAAUUGGAAAAAUUGGAACAAGAGCUCGCAACAGCGGCUGGUAAGUGUGAAGACACGGCUCGCGCUCACCAAGAAGUUAUUUUCAAGGAUUAUCUCCAAGAAGCUCAGAAGUCCCUCAACAGAAUCACUCGGCAUAUGGAACAUGUCUUCCAAUGGGUGAAUGACCAAGAACGGAGGGACCUUCUUGAAUGGGUCUCGGAUAUCCAGUAUGGCCGUCAUCACGAUGAGAUCGAAGAAAGAAGGGAGCCUGGUACUGGUGAUUGGCUUGUUCAAGAUGGGAGAUUCCGUGAGUGGAUGGAUUCACCUUUAUCCAGUACCCUGUGGCUUCAAGGAUCUCCUGGCACGGGAAAAUCAUUUUUGACUUCAGCUGUGGUCAAGCAUAUCGAGGACAUGAAGGGAUCCCAAAUGGAAGGAUUUGGCUAUUUCUUCUGCAACCAAGACGAGAAAAAUCGGCGGGAAGCACUACCAGUGCUUCGAAGCUUAGUUCGUCAGUUUGCUGCCCCAAAAGGCAGCACCGAAUCGGUGAGGAGAAGCCUUCAAGAUGCACGGGAAAGAGCAACCAAUAGAGCAUCACAACUCAGCUCCUCAGAAUGCUGUCGUCAGCUCGUGGAAGCAUUCAAUCUAUAUUCAACCAGUGUCAUCAUUCUUGAUGCCUUGGAUGAAGUUUUGGACGAUGAACUUGAUAUUUUGGUCGAGGCUCUUGAGGAUGCCAUUGCUGAGACUAAAGACAGAGGCAGAGUCAAGCUCUUUGUUGCCAGCCGGCCUGAGAAAAACAUUGGCGCAAAAUAUGGCUCAAGUUCAACGGUCAUCAUCCAGGCUCAGGACAACAAAAAGGACAUUGAGAAAUUCGUGACCAAGGAGAUGGAUAAAUUUGAGAAGAAGCAUCCCAACUCAGAACUUGCCGCUAUGAAGGACACUGUUGUUCGAGUUAUUCUCGAGAAAUGCGACAACAUGUUCCUCUGGGCCGCCCUCCAGGUAAAGCAAAUUGUACAAUGCGACACCGUUGAAUCGAUCGAUUACGCACUGGAAACCCUCCCGAAGGGGCUGGACGGGAUGUAUGACCAAAUAUAUCGGAAAAUCCAAACCCGAUUUCCGCCGGAACAAGCCAUAGCAGAACGCACGUUCAAGUGGGUGCUGUGCUCUCCUUAUCCGCUCACAAGUGAAGAACUCCUCUCCGCCGCUCGCAUGGCCAUUGAGAAAGACGACAUAAAGUUGGCGAGUUGUGUGAAGCAAGAGACCUUGCUCUCAAUUUGUGAGAACUUGCUCAUAGUUGAUACCGAUGGUCGAUGGAGAUUUUUCCACCUUUCAGCGAGGGAGUACCUCGAGAAGGCCCUUGAGAUGUAUCAAAAUGCACACUCUUACUGUGCCCAGGUGUGUCUUCUGUCUCUUAUGCGAACAUUUGGCCCAGAAACACUUCCUGGAAGCUCCCAGGAUCCAUUUGAUGAAACACAUCCUUUCUCUCACCACGCUCAGACCUGCUGGGCUUUCUACGCCCUUGCGCCGCAGCCUGAGGAAGAUCAAUCUGUCAUUUUGCUAAAGAAAUUCCUUGGUUCACCCAACAAAAGUAGCGCCUUUUACGUUCGAUGGUUAGAUCACAUUAAAGAGCACAGUCUUUCAGUCCAAUUGCCAUUCCGGGCAGGGCCACUUUUGUCUCAUGAAGACCUGGCACCCGCUACGACACCAAUGUUUACUAUAGCCCAGUUUUCAUUGUAUGAAAAGACUCUUCGCAAAUGGUGCGACAGCAAUGACUUUGACCCAUUUCAACAAAAUGACCGCGGAGAAGAUUUGCUCACGAUAGCUGCCAUGACUAAUUGCAUACCUCUGUGCGCAACUCUUAUUGCAAAAGGAGUUCCCGUCAAUCAGUGCAAUGCCAAUGGCAGAUAUGGAAGCGCACUUGCAGCCGCAGCCAACUGGGGUAGACUGGACACGGUCAAAUACCUUGUGCAGGAGGCAAACGCAGACGUGAAUCUCCCACUCCAGAGUGGGGACUACGGCAGUGCACUAUAUGCCGCCGUAGGGAAUGGAAGCUUGGUUAUCGUGAGAUAUUUUGCAGAGGAGGUCCCGGAUGUGAAUCUUCUAGUUCAUGUGAGAACCCACGGCAAUGUGCUUGCCGCCGCUGCCUUCUCUGGUAAACUGGAUAUUGUGAGAUACCUCGUGGAGGAAGCAAACAUCGAUGUGAAUCUUCCGCUUGGCGAGGACACUUUUGUUACUGUGCUUGCUGCCGCCGCCUGGGGAACUCUUGACGUAGUGAAAUAUCUGGUGGAGGAGGCAAAAGCAGUUGUAAACGUACCGAAUGCGGCCGGCAAUGCACUUGUUGCCGCCGUCUUGAGUGGAAAUCUUGAAAUGGUGCGAUACUUUGUGGAAGAGGCAAAAGCAGAUGUAGAUCUUCUGCGUGAUGAUGAGUUUCUUAGUAUGGUACUUGAGGACUAUAGGAAAGAGGAUGCUGUUGCAGUCAGGCAUAUUCUGAAGUUACCCAGUGAUCAAGGGACAGGAGACGAGCACUGA